GGACAGCUGAGCACCUGGGAGACCCCCUCUUCUACCAGGAUUCACUCUGGCUCCGCAAGGAAUUUGCCCACUUCCGCGGCUGAUGGAUGCCCAGAAUCCCCUGGAGUCUCCUUGCACUCCGCAGGCUCGGUCGGGGCCGCCAUCGCUCCUCGGCUCCGCUGCAGGUCCUGCUCUUCCUCAACGGCUGGUACUGCGCCACGUAUUUUCUCCUGGAAGCAUUCGUGUUCGUGUACAAAGGGCUGCUCCUGCCCUAUCCCGUCUCCAACCUGGUGCUGGACGUGGUGCUGCUCCUCCUCUACCUCGGCAUUGAGGCCACGCGCAUCUUCUUCGGCUCCAAGGGGAACUUGUGCCAGCGGAAGGUGCCGCUGUCCCUCAGCCUGGCGCUUACAGUGCCGGCAGCUGUGCUGGCCGUGUACUACCUGCUGCUCCAGACAUAUUCCCUGCGCCUGGAAGCAUUCCUGAGCGCCAUCCUGCUCCUCUUCUACGGCCUGGAGCUGCUCCUGGGCUUGCUGGCGCUGCUCUCCUUCUCCAGCACGGAUCCCUACUGAGGACACGGCCCAGGGACACAGGGAAGCAUCACCCGUGCCAGCUCUAUUUCCCAGCCCUGGGAAGGGGGAGGAUCCCACCUUUCCCACUGCCCAUUUCACCUGUUGCCACACCGAUUCAUCCCUCCCUUUUCCUGUUUCCCACUUCACUCACUCCCCCCUGGACAUAUCCCUCCCACCUUUCCCACUUCCCACUCCACUUGGGACUCCUCAAGGUAGGAAGAAUCCUUUUUUUUUUUCCUACGACCUGCCAGGAU